AUGACCUCCAGAACCAUCCUCGUGACCGGCAGCAACAAAGGCAUAGGCCUUGGCAUAGGCCUUGGCAUCAUCCAAGCCAUCGCCGUCCGCUCCAACAGCACCACCCUCAUCCUCACCUCUCGUUCCAAGACCAAGGCCGAAGAAGCCAUAGCCGACCUGCAAGCCAAAGGCUUCACGAACCCUUUCUAUGCCGUUGAAAUAGAUAUCACGGACGACGCCAGUAUCCAAGCAGCCGUCGCGGAAGUCGAGCAGAAGUUCGGACGGCUGGAUGUCCUGAUAAACAACGCAGGCAUCGCCCUCCGCGAACGGGCCUCCCUAUUAUCCGACCCCUCCGCCCUCCGCGCAGCCUGGUCCACGAACCUCGAAACGAACGUCACUUCGAUCCGCGUCGCAACCGCUUGCUUCCUGCCGUUACUCCGUCAAUCAGCAAGUCCGCGCGUGAUCAACGUCUCCUCUGCCCGCGGGUCCUUCAGCCGCGCCCUAGCAACCAAGGAGACAACACAUCCCAGUCCGCCCUACUCAACCUCCAAAGCCGCGCUCAAUUUCCUCACUCUCCUCCUCUCGCGACAGCAUCCGGACGUGGCGUUCUACGCCGUCAGCCCGGGACAUUGCAAAACAGCUCUGAACGGCUUCAUCGGGAAGAAAGAUCCGGUGGACGGCGGGAAAGCGGCAGCUGAGCUGGCGGUGGCGGAGGAGGGUACGUAUACGACAGGAACCUUUUGGGAGGACGAGGGGAGCGGGAUGGUCGAGGUGGGUUGGUGA